AAAGAACCAAAGACGGACAAAAAGGUGAACCUGGAUAUCUCUGAAGAAACAUAACAAUUGAUUCAUGUCAACAAGGUGGUGAGUGCCAUUAACAAGAAAGCAUGAUUUUGGGAUCAGACUCAUCAGAGUGAUAGUGCCAUGAAAUGCAAGAUUUUGUAGAACAAACAAGGAUUUGAACAUGCACGCAGAUCAGUGGACAAAGAUUACGGAUUUAAAUUAGAUCAGAACCGCACAUGAAAAAGAGCGUAUACCUUCUGCUCGAUCUCUGAUAAGGAUUCCCUUUUCAAGAGAGGGAAAGUAAUCGCCGCUCUUAGAAAGAGAGAGAGAAAGAUAGAAUUUUGCUCAAACGACGCAGUUUGAGUUUAAAAAAGCCUUGCUUAAAUCUGGGCCAUUUAAUACUUUUUAACAGCGGAUGUGCGCAGAAGCCGAAUCCUAAAAACAAACGAUGAAGGACCUCCACGCAAAUCUCAGUGCUUAAACACCAUGGCUCUGCUUUUGUCUUCGAUAAACCCAUCAUCUUCUUCUUCGUCUUCGUCUUUAUUCGGGUGCCCGAAUGUCUUAAAGGCCUUGGUCCCAAAACCUCGAACCCACCUCACCACCAAGUCUCGUUCACUCUGCAGUGCUUCAUGGCAAGAGCUUGCGGGAGUUUUAAUAUUCUCCGCGAUUCCUUUCACCGCUGUGAAAGCCAUUGCUAAUAGCCCACUAGGAGAGUCGCUUCAAAGGAGAAUGGAGCAGACCAAGAAGUUCGCGGUUGAAAAUUCAUCCAAGUUCAAGGCCUUGGCAGAGAAGGCAAGAAAAGAGAGCAUGUGGUAUGGAGAAGAGCGCCCUCGCUGGCUUGGUCCACUUCCAUAUGACUAUCCUGCCUAUCUAACUGGUGAACUACCUGGAGAUUACGGCUUUGACGUUGCAGGUCUGAGCAAGGAUCCUGCAGCUUUCCAGAAGUACUUUAACUUUGAGAUACUGCAUGCUCGUUGGGCUAUGCUUGCAUCGCUUGGUGCUCUUAUUCCAGAAGUAUUAGACAUAUUAGGAGCCUUUCACUUUGUUGAGCCUGUCUGGUGGCGUGUUGGCUAUUCAAAGCUUAAGGGAGAUACUCUCGACUAUCUUGGCAUCCCAGGACUCCACUUAGCUGGAAGCCAAGGAGUGAUCGUCAUUGCCAUUUGCCAAGCACUCCUGAUGGUUGGACCCGAAUAUGCAAGAUUUUGUGGGAUCGAGGCAUUGGAGCCUCUUGGAAUUUACCUGCCAGGUGAUAUCAAUUAUCCAGGAGGAGCACUUUUUGAUCCCUUGAACCUCUCCAAAGACCCUGUUGCUUUUGAGGAGUUGAAGGUGAAAGAAAUAAAAAAUGGGCGCUUGGCGAUGGUUGCCUGGUUAGGCUUUUACGCGCAAGCAGCUUUGACUGGUAAGGGUCCUGUAGACAACCUUCUUGAGCACAUCUCAGAUCCCUUCCAUAAUAACCUGCUUACCAUCCUCAAAUCCAUUUAAAAAUAUGCUUUUGAAAUCUUUGUUCCAUGCAAGGUCAUGUAAAUGACAGUGAGUUUUUCUUACUACACAAAAUUUUAUUUGUGCUUCUAUGCCUCCAGUGUAGAAGUAAACCUUUUCCUCCCUCCA